GGGGUCUGUGCCCGGUCCUCAUCCCGGUCCCGGUCCCGUUCCCAGUCCCGCACCGCAGCGGGUCCGGGAUGGCGGCGCGGGCGGGCGGCGCCGCGGGCGAGCGGCGGAUCCUGUGCGUGGGGCUGGUGUGCCUGGACAUCAUCAGCGUGGUGGAGACUUUCCCGGCCGAGGACUCCGACACCAGGUGCGUGUCGCAGCGGUGGCAGCGGGGCGGGAACGCCUCCAACUCCUGCACGGUGCUGGCGCUGCUGGGAGCCCCCUGCGCCUUCAUGGGCUCGCUGGUCCCCGGCCCCGCCGCCGACUUCAUCGCGGCGGAUUUCCAGCGCCGGGGGGUGGACACGGCGCACAUCGCCUGGCAGCCCCGCGGGGACGUGCCCUGCGCCUGCUGCCUCGUCAACGCCUCCAGCGGCUCCCGCACCAUCGUCCUGCACGACACGAACCUGCCCGAUGUGACGGCCCGCGACUUCGAGCGGGUCGACCUGUCCCGGUACAAGUGGAUCCACUUUGAGGCCCGGAACGCGGCGGAGCAGGAGGCGAUGCUGGAGCGGGUGGAGCGGCACAACCGGGCGGCGGCACCGGGACAGCGGGUCCGGAUCUCGGUGGAGCUGGAGAAGCCCCGGCAGGAGCUGCUGCCGCUGAUGGGGCGGGGCCAAGUGGUGCGGGGCGGGGCCUGGCCAAGGGGGCGGGGCUUACAGCUCAUGGGCGGGGCCAGGGGCGCUGGGGGUCGUGGCCCGGGCUCGAGGGGUGCAGGGGUGGGGGCCACCCUGAUCUGCGCCUGGGCCGAGAAGGGGGCCGACGCCGUGGGGCCCGACGGGGAGCUGGUGCACUCGGACGCCUUCCCCCCCGAGACCCUCGUGGACACGCUGGGGGCCGGGGACACCUUCAACGCCGCCGUCAUCUUCGCGCUCGCAGAAGGGAGGACCCUGCAGGACGCCCUCACCUUCGGCUGCCGGAUCGCAGGCAGGAAAUGUGGGAUCCAGGGCUUCGAUGGCAUCGUCUGAGCCUGUGCCCGGAGACCCCCCUCACCGCCCAGGAGCACCACGGAUCCACUGCACGCAGCACCUCCCCCAAUAAAGCGCCACGUGCCCCAC